GGCGCUUUGCUCAGAUUGUUAUCGACUCCUGAUUACAGCAUCAAAGUUAUCGAGAAAGCUAACUGCAAUAUACAGCGAGCACCAUUUCCUACACUACGGACGACAUAAAAUCUUUGCGGUUCGGCCUGACUUUGCAGUCGCUAUUCAUCUGGCUGUUCGCGGUCUUCCUCUCGUACCUGUUCGUCAAUUCCUUCCGAGAUAGCAACAUGUCAAAGCGCAUUGACAAGCAGCUUGAGGAGAAGAUCAGCCAGUUCUGUGUGGUUACCGGAGCGUCGCAGCGAGACGCAAAGAAGUACAUUGAGAAGUACAAAAGUGUUGAACCCGCUCUCAACGCAUUCUACAACGACAUGUCAAGCCGCUCGACACCUGCACCCUCUACAAGUAAGCUGAGCCAGCUGUUUGAUCAAUAUAAAGACUUGGAUGGUGACGAAAUCACCGCGGAGGGAACGCUCAAGUUCUGCGAGGACCUCGCUGUGAACCCUGAGGAUGUCGUCUUACUUGCAGUUGCCUAUGACUUGAAGUCACCUCAAAUGGGGGAGUGGUCCCGAAAGGGCUGGGUGGAUGGAUGGAAAGCGAUCGGCAUCCCAACGAUGAAGACCGCGUUGCUGCGACUGCGAGAUAAGCUUGGGUCAGACCCAGUUUACUUCCAGAAGGUCUACAACUAUACCUUCGAGUUCUCGCGUCCUCCUGGUCAGCGCAGCCUGGGCAUGGACAUGGCGAAGCCCUUCUGGAGCCUGCUGCUCCCACACGGCCUGCAGGGCGGCGUCCUAUCGCACAUCCCGUCAACUCGCGACGUCGAUGGCGAUGACCGCAUGGGUGGCGUCGAGGAGGGCUGGCAGGACAAGUACAUGCAGUGGUGGUUUGAUUUUUUGGACGAGAAGAGGCUCAAGGGCAUCAGUAAGGAUGUCUGGCAGAUGUUCCUUGAGUUCGUACGUACCAUCGACUCGAAAUUCGAGAAGUACGACGCGGAAGCCGCUUGGCCAUCCACGAUUGAUGAUUUCGUAGAUUACGCGAAGAAACGGCUCGCAUCAGGACAGUAGUCCGUGUACACGCACGUCUUUCAACCACGGUCUGUCAUGGCGGAGAUGGAAGUCGCUGAUAUCCUCGGGGUUGUCAGCGGCGCUCAAGCUCGGUGCUCCCUGGAACUACAUCAUUAACAAUGAAAUUGACCACCUCGCUGAAGGGUUAUCAUGUAUUGGUCGCCACACUGGUCAUCUUACGAAAUGCAGAGGACAAUUGACAGAUUGUACCCAUGAUGUGAAGCAGCAAAUACCACUCAAGAAACCCACGUCUCCGUGACCCUUCAGACUCUUGUGUUGUCAUCUUCGCGUUUUUCUGCAGAUGCCGUUCGCCGUCACUUACCAUCACAUUUCCGAGACCCUUGACUGGCGGGGGAAUGGUGACGUUGUGAGAAGUGCCAGAAAACCUCAGGAAUACACCAGCAUGCGUCACGCGGUAAUUGUCACCAGAAAACGCACCCGAUCGUGGCGAUUUACGGCAAGCUGCCAGAAGACAAUAAUGCUGGGAGGAAUGGCGAGUCCUUGAUCAAGGAAAGCCUAGGCGGCGCCGAACGCGCGGCCGCCGCGGCCGUGACUUUCGUGGCUUCACUGCUCACACAUCUUGUU